AAACGCCAACUUAGAAUUCAGCUAAAAAUAAUCAGCAUUUUGUGUCCAAUCACAACGACAAAACUCUGUGGAUUGAGCAAUAAUCGCCAUGGCAACUUCCGUGAAGAACAACUCACUACCUCCUUCUUUGAUCUCAAAUCUCAAUCAAGUUCUUUUGUCACGACAACAACACACCAUUGAUCAUCAAUCUACCAACUCCUCUUCAUUACCUUCCCAUUCACGCAAUGUCGACGAGCCAGAUUGUUCUAAACCACUGCUUCUCAUCACCAAUUGCGAAGGAAUCGAUUCACCUGGACUCAUUUUCCUCGUUCAAGCUCUGCUCUCUGACGCUCGCUUCACUCUCCAUGUCUGCGCUCCUCAAUCGGACAAAUCGGUUGCCGGUCAUUCCCUGACGAUUCGAGAGACGGUUGCAGUAUGUUCAGUUGAAAUGAGCGGUGCCACUGCUUUUGAAGUUUCAGGAACUCCUGUGGAUUGUGUCUCCUUAGCUCUGUCUGGAGCAUUGUUUUCAUGGUCAAAGCCUGUUUUGGCGAUUAGUGGAAUUAACAGAGGAUCAAGCUGUGGUCGCAACAUGUUCUACUCAGGAGCUGUUGCUGCAGCUAGAGAGGCACUAAUUUGUGGUGUGCCAUCACUUUGUCUAUCAUUCGACUGGAAGAAAGAUGUUAGCGGUGAAAGUGAUUUGAAAAAUGCAGCCGAUCUUUGUUUGCCUUUAAUAUCAGCGGCUGUAAGAGAUAUUGAGAGGGGAAAGUUCCCAGAAAGUUGCUUACUGAAUAUAGAAAUCCCAUCUUCUCCCCUAGCAAACAAGGGAUUCAAACUGACCAGGCAGAGCUUAUGGAGGUCACCUUUAAGCUGGAAAGCUGUAUCAGCAAAUAGGCACCCUGCUGCAGGCCAAUACCUGUCGAAUCAGCAAAGCCUUGGUAUUAAACUUGCACAACUCAGCCGGGAUGCCUCCGCUGCCGGUGCAGCGAGGCGCUUGAACUCGCAUAGGAAGAAUGUUGAGAUUGAAUCUGUUGGUAUUGCUGGGAAAUUUAAUGGCCAACAAACAGUGAAAAAAUACUUUCGCUUAGAGUUAUUGGAGAAGGAGACAGAAAAGGCAGAUGAUAAUUUAGAUUUUAAAGCAGUAGAAGACGGAUAUGUUGCUGUAACUCCUUUAUCUUUAUCUUCAACCGAUCAAUCCAAGAUUGAAACUGAGGUUUCAAGCUGGAUCUCUGCUGCACUUGGCAGGGAACAACGAAGCUAGGUUUCCUCUGUGACCAUUUUCUCCCUGCUACUUAUUUUGUGGAUUCCAUUUCUUUUUGUUCUUUUUAAAUGAAAUGUCUCUUUGUAUCAGAUUAGUAUGGUCACACCAACCCCAAAGGAGAGUGAUGUUUGAUUUUGUGAAUUAUAGCAAUUUACCUCCCAAAAAAAGGAGUGGGUUAACUA